GCCGUGACGCAGGUUUCCGGCGGGCUUCUUAGAGCGCCGAACAGCGUUGGGCCCAAGGACCAUGAGAGGGCCGGAGUCGGGUCCCGAACCUACGAUGGAAGGGGACGUGUUGGACACCCUGGAGGCGCUGGGGUACAAGGGACCACUGUUAGAAGAGCAAGCCCUUACCAAGGCAGCAGAGGGUGGACUGUCUUCGCCUGAAUUUUCAGAGCUCUGUGUUUGGUUAGGCUCUCAGAUAAAAUCAUUGUGCAACUUGGAAGAAAGUAUCACUUCACCUGGGAGAGAUGAUCUAGAAAGCUUCCAGCUUGAGAUAAGUGGGUUUUUAAAAGAAAUGGCAUGUCCGUAUUCUGUACUCAUAUCAGGAGAUAUUAAGGACCGUUUAAAAAAGAAGGAUGACUGUUUGAAGCUUCUAUUGUUUUUAAGUACAGAGCUUCAAGCUUUACAGAUACUACAGAAUAAGAAACGUAAAAAUUCUCAAUUAGAUAAAAACAGUGAAAUUUAUCAAGAAGUUGAAGCUAUCUGUGAUACUCUUGGUGUACCCAAGUCAGCAACUUCUGACAUUCCGCUUAUGCUAAACCAAGUGGAAUCAAAGGUGAAGGAUAUUCUCUCAAAAGUCCAGAAAAAUCAUGUGGGAAAACCACUGCUGAAAAUUGAUUUAAAUCUGGAACAGGCGGAACAACUAGAAAGAAUCAAUGAAGCUCUUUCCUGUGAAUAUGAAUGCCGCCGGCGGAUGUUGAUGAAACGAUUAGAUGUGACAGUGCAGUCCUUUGGUUGGUCUGAUAGAGCAAAGGUAAAAACAGACGACAUAGCAAGAAUUUACCAGCCGAAGCGUUAUGCUUUAUCACCGAAGACAACGGUUACAUUGGCACAUCUACUUGCUGCUCGUGAAGAUCUAUCCAAGAUCAUUAGAACAAGUAGCGGCUCCAGCCGAGAGAAGACGGCAUGUGCCAUUAAUAAGGUGCUGAUGGGACGGGUGCCUGACAGAGGAGGAAGGCCAAAUGAAAUUGAACCGCCGCCCCCGGAAAUGCCCCCUUGGCAAAAGAGACAAGAAGGCGGCGGAAGGGGUGGUUGGGGUGGUGGGGGUGGUCGAGGAGGUGGUGGGGGUGGAAGAGGUGGCUGGGGAGGUGGAGGAGGUUGGGGAGGUGGUGGGGGAGGAGGAGGAGGUGGCGGAGGAGGGUGGGGUGGAAGUGGGGGAGGGGGCGGUAGAGGAGGAGGUUUCCAAGGCAGGGGAGAUUAUGGCGGGAGGGGAGAUUAUGGUGGAAGAGGAGGAGGCUAUGGUGGAAGAGGAGGGGGCUAUGGGGGACGAGGUUAUGGAGAUCCAUAUGGGGGAGGUGGUGGUGGAUAUAGAAGGUAUUAAAAACCACCAAAAUUAGAUAGCAGUGCUUACUUCUUGGUAGGGACAUUAGGUGUAGUGUUCUAAGUAACAUACUUGAAUGUCAGCUUUCAAGUAAACACCAUGUUAGCUUCCUUGUUAUCAUUCUUAAAUUGGGUUAAUAUGUAAGAGCAUUGUUUUUAUACUACCAUUUGAUCUCUUAGACAAAGUGAUGAUUUUUCCAUAUUCUGUGUACCCUUGAGCAUGUCUUUUUAAAAAACAAAAAAUGAACAAAAAUUAUUUUUAAAAAUGUAAAUAUUUAUUACCAUCAAACUUGGAAAAUGGAAAGUAUUUUAUUGUCAUGAUUGAAUUUAGAUUGUUACCCGUAUUUUAUUCAGGUUUGAAACAUAAAUUACCCCACUUGUAAUGGAAAGGAAUAUAGACUAUUGCCUCAUCUGUA